AUGGAUCCUCAGAUCCUCAACAAGUUCUACAGCUGCAACAUCGAGAGCAUCCUGACAGGUUGCAUUACUGCCUGGUACGACAAUUGCUCUGCCUCCGACCGCAAGGCACUACAGAGGGUAGUGCGUACGGCCCAGUACAUUGCUGGGGCUAAGAUGCCAUCCAGGACCUCUACACCAGGCGGUUCAGCCUGCCCUGCGUCCAGUAUGGAUGUGCUGGUCCAUAACCGCAUCAACGUCCUGAACGGCACCAUGGUGAAGAUCCAGUGCAUCUUCACCUCCUGCUACAAGGUGGACGUCAACAAGUUUGCCAUGAACUGGACCUACCAGGAGAACACCAACGAGACUGAGGAGAUGUUCAUGACCUAUAAGAAGGGGAUGAUGCCCAUGCGGACAGACCGGUUCAGUGACCGGGUGCAGUUUGUGGGUAACCUGGAAAAGAACGACUUGUCCAUCACCCUCUCUGAUGUCCAGCUGUCGGACGAGGGAGUCUAUAACUGCUACGUCCGUAACCCCCCUGACCGCAUCCAGGGCCACGGAAUCAUCAACAUGUUUGUCGUCACAGAACUGCCUCCCCCGCGGGACUCGACAAUAGCGGUGGCGAUCGGGGCGUCAGUCGGCGGUGCGCUGGCUCUGCUCAUCCUGUCCAUGGUGGUGGUAAAGUGUAUAAGGCGCCACAAGAAACAGGAGCUCAUCUCCGACGAGCAGAAGAUGGAGGAAGAGGGCAAGCUGGAUGCAGAGGGGGGCACCGAGGAGGGAACCAAGUGA